GGCACAGGGCGCGCCGUGGCCUGCGAGCGUCGCGGCGCUGUGACGUCACGCGCGCUGAGGCGGGAAGUUUCGAAAGGAGGAAGGGGACGCGGCGGCCGCCUUUGUCCUGCGCCUCUGCCCCGGGUAGUGCUGUUAAUGGAUUGAACUGAGGCCGCAAGCGCAGAUCUCCAAGUGCAGAUACAAAUCACAGUACUGAUCAAAUAUUAUAAGACUGUAUGUACAGCACACUCUUCUUUUGAGGAGACAAAAACCCAACAGUGAAUGGACAUCUAUUUUUUUUUCUUCAAAUUUUCUUCACAACUGUGGUGGUUCCUGAAUGUUUCCCUGUCUCUCAGGCUGUAUGAAGAUGUGAAUAUUUGUGAAAUAAGCUGUUGGAUGACUGUUUUGCCAAAGCAAUGGCUUCUCAAGAAUUUACUGUGUUAUAUACUCACCAAAAAAUGAAAAAAUCAAAAACGUGGCAAGAUGGAAUUCUGAGGAUUACAACUGGCAGAAAUAAGGCUAUCUUGUUUGAUGAUAAAGGACAAUGUUUGGAGAGUAUUUUUGUGAAAUCUCAGGUGAAUGCUGGAGAUAAUUUAGAAGGUGAACGAUAUUUGAUCACAGUGGAAGCAGUAAAAUUGAAUGAAAAAUCUUGUGAAGAUCAGCCAAGGAAAGCAGAAGCUCCAGCAGUGGAUAGAAAUGGUGUAAAACCUGGUGUUCUGCCUCCACGACAUCUGUCUGUUGGCUUGAAAAGGAAGUUUACAGGUUUCCAAGGGCCACGCCAAGUUGGAAAGAAAAUACUAGCGAUGGAAGACGGAUUAAAAUCAACGACGUUACCUUUAUCUAAGCAGUGUCAGGGUACUUUGUCAUCCAAGUUUUAUGUUACCUCUCCAUUAUUUUCUACAGUUUCUAAGAAGGAUACAGAAACAAAUAUGUUUGCAGACUUUCAUGAAGAUGUGUGUAUGGGUAACGAUACAGAGCACAUGUCUGUCUCCUCACUGCUUUCUGCUCCAUUUCUUGACAGAUGUGAGAAGGCAGAGAAGCAAAACUCUGAUCAGUCCAUUGUGAAGCCAGAACCUUCUCAAAUUACUGGGGACACCAAAUCUAGUAGUCAGACAGCUGGUCACAGGGCAGCAUCAGGCAACAUAAGGAGCACAGCACAGAUAAUUGCUCUUUUGAAGUCUAAACCAACGCAAGGAUGCAGAGAGCAAACACCCGCAGUCACAGAAUGCCUUUCUAGGUUUCAGGCAUCAGGAAACACAGGUAGCUUACAUAAGAGCACAAUCCUGCAUGGUUUUUCAGGCAACAGUGCCAAAAGACUCAUGCAAAAUAUUCAGGACCUGCCUUUUACGAAGGGAACUGUAAAUGAUAAAAAGGAAUGGAAUGCUGAAAUGCUUCUAAAUUCAUCUGAACAACCUUGUGUUAAAGAAGUCACAAGACAUGACAAAGAGGCAGAUAAUUUAAGUCACGACUUACAAGAUCCCUGCAAUACAAAUAGUUGCUUCCUACCUGAAUCCAUUGUAAGUAGAAUGAGUGACAGUCAGUUUGUCCUAUGCUCAGGUGGCGUUUCAUGUUCAGCAAGUCCAAUCACCUCUGAAAAAAACCACUCCAGAUACAGAGGACGUUCAGUGACUAGCAGUCCUAAGGAGGAUUCAUCUGUGAAGUUGCAAAGUGAGCUUCAGCCCAGACAAAAUCCAGGAGAGCCUAGUGAUCUGCAGCUCUCUGAGGACUUAACAUUGACUGAAACUGGAAUUGUAAAGGAGGAAUUAAGUACACAUGGCAAAGACUGUGGUCUGGGUGAACAGAUGAUGGAGGUUAACUUCAGUCUACUGGAGGCUUUUGAUUUUAAUGACACCAACAAUGAAGACCUGUGUGAAAGAGAUGUGAGUAAACUCACUGAAGGAGGCAUGCUUUCACAAAGUCCAGAUUGCUUAACAGAAGAUGAUGUAGCACAAAAUGCUGCACUGAGGCUUCAUUCUUGCUGUCAAGUAGUGACGCACAGUAAAAAUGGAGAAGUCAAAUGUUCAACAUCUGAUGGAGAGAAUGAUGGAAAUCCCUGCGCUGGGGUUAUGCCAUCUCAGCUUUGCGACAGCGAUGUUGGAGAUACAGGGACAAUUGCAGAAGACUCUGCAAACCAGACCAGAUUUGAAGUGGAACUUUUGGAUGAUGGAUGCAACAUAAAAGAAAUUAACGAAGGCCAAUUAAAUACUGAAGGCACAAACAAGAAGGAUCUUGAUGGCUGUGCAGUGUGUACCGUUAAUGGCAUGUCACAGAUAAAAAGCAAGCACUCUGAUCUCUUUCCUGGAGACGUAAAUGUUAAUGAAUGUCACCCUAAACUGAGUACGUUUGAGAAAACUGGAAGUAUUUCAUGUAUUUCUACCAGCAGAAUAACUUCUGCAGUGGACAAAAAGACCGAAGAUGAUGUUAUACAGCUUGGAUGCCUGAAAUCCCCAGAUGUUGAUUUAGAGCGCUUCUGGGGUACUAAGACUGAUGACAUUAAACCAGGUAGUCCUUUGCUGGCUUUGUCACAAAACUUAGAUCCUAGCUAUGGCUCAUUCCAAUAUAUUGCAGACCACCAAGACGUGUUUGGUGUUUCACAUAGGGAAGAUGCUUUAAUUUCCAGAAGUUCUGUCUGUCCUUUAGGAAAAGGCCAUUCAUCUCUACACGAAACAGAAAUAGAUGAAAAUGACUUUGAAAGUUUAGAGAGCAUAAAUGCCUCUCAGGAAGCCUGCAAAGGUGAAAGAAUAGGAACGGAUUGCCUGAAAUGCAUGGCAAUGGCUGACAAUUCAUCAGAUCUUCCUGAUUUGGUAAACAAUAUCACUCUUCUAAGAGCUUUGACUCAACAUAGCACAGCAUUAGAAAGCUUACAAAAGAUUGAGGAAAAUAAUAGCACAUUAUAUGAAGCAGAGACUUCUGAAGAGAUAUUUGAACCCCUUGUGAAGGCUAAAGCUAUAAAACUGUUUACGGAAAUACCUUACUCAGAAAGUAUACAGGCAUCUUCCGGUUCAUACUUUGAUUCUUCUGGCCUUAUGCCUGUUGUGUUUCAAGGGCACCAAGUAAAAGGAUCAGCAGCUAGUGAGAUAAUGUUGAGAGCUCCCUGCUCCCAGCUAGGAUGGCAGCAGUACCAAGAUAAUACAGAGUUUGCAGCUGAGAGAUUUUUGUCACCCCUGUUCUCAAGCAAUUAUGUCUUGUCUGACUUCAGAGAGUCUCCAGGUUCAAGAAGUCCUCAUGAGGGUGAUAUCAGAGAAGAGAAUUUUGAAAAGCAGUCUAAUGUUAUUGAAGAGUCAAGAAUAGAUCAGUCCCCGUUGGCAUUGAAUAUGUAUUCUGAAGUUCUACCACGGACAGUGUCAGACUCAAUUUCACAUUCUGAUUUGAGACAAACACAGUGGACUUCAUGGGAACCUGACAAGGUGAUAUCAUCAGUGGAACUGACUUCCCCGCUUAAUCCAGACUCUACAUUUUCUCCAGCUUCAGGAAGUGGGGAAACUAUUGGAGACAUGCAAGAGCCUCUGAUACACAGGAUGUUGCCAACACAGGAGAAAUCCAGCUAUCCAGGGGAAUGCAACCUCUCAAGAUUCAAACGCCCAGUUAAAACACGAGCUCGAGUUCCGUUUGUCAGUCUUCCUGCCACUGAGAAGGUUCCCGAUGCAGUUUAUCCAACUGACAGUGAGGAGGUCCAGCAAUCUUUUGAGUCUUCAGUAGUCAAUUUAUGCAACGCGUCAGCGGUAUUUCCUAUUAGUGCUUUUGGCCCUGGGGACAGAAAUUAUGAAACCUCUGUGUUUGGAGAGUAUACGGAAGAUGAACAAAGGGAGUUUGUACAAUCAGUAUUCCCUAAUUUGACUUCACAAUAUAGACAAAGCAAGUGGCUAAAAUAUCAAAACAUGGCUCAGUGUGACUUGAUAGCUCAAAAUAGUGAUGAUAGCGAAGUGACUGAUGACAUCUGUGCUGAGAAUGUCCUUGGAAUGCUGCUGGGUGAUACAGGAGAGAGCAGUGCCGUGAAUAAAAGCGCUCCCGGCUCUGCAUGUCUACUGACAGCAAAGAGCAUGCUUGAUAAAUGCUGUGCAAAUACCAGCACGGAAGAUUUCAUUUCAGAGAGGAAGUUACUUUCUCUGCACUUAAGUCAGACACCUUUGGCUGAAGCAACACAAAAGGUGUUAAGUCAUCUGAGCUGCUACACUGUAACAGGAUACGGCCAGGACAUAACAAUUUCUGAGUUGUCUUUUCCUAAUGUGGAUAAAGUAAAAUAUGCUGAUCUUCCUAAAAGAAAGAUUUCCAUACCAACUGUUUUUGAGUCUCAUGUUCACUACAAACAGAUUUUUAAAGCUGCUCUGACAGAGCAAUUAAACAUAAUGCUAUUUGAGUUGUCACAAAGAUUACACAAAGCUCUUUCAAAAGUGGAUGUAUCAUUUUACACAUCACUGAAAGAUGGGCAAAGCAUGAGCAAAGAAAGCUGCGUUCCACUCUGCAGUCACAUGCGUCCUGCUAAGCUUGUUAUGGUUAAAAAAGAAGGUCAAAACAAGGGUCGUUUGUUCUAUACCUGUGAUGCCCCAAAAUCUGAGCAGUGUUUGUUUUUCAAGUGGAUAGAAGAUGUGAACCCCUCGCAGAUAAAAUCCAGACCUAGUGCAGUGCUUCAUGAUAUGAAAAGUGUUGGGACAUACCUCAGAAGUCAAAAUAUUGCUCUCUAUGAGGGAUGCCAGCUCUUGGUGAGGAAAGCCUUUGAAGUUCAAGCACAACGGUGUAGUAAGUUCAAGAAAUUUAUGAAUACACCUGAUAGAUUUGAUGGUGAUUCCAAAAAAAAGUUGUACCUCAAACUAAGUAGAAAGGAGCAUUAUUCUUUCUAUAGCAAAGAUGAUAUUUGGGUUGUUUCGAAGACUUUGAAUUUUGAUCCUCUUGAUACUUUCAUUGCAAGUAGUGCUUUCUUUGGACCAUCCUCCAACAAUGAAGUGGAAUUACUACCACUGAAAGGCUACUGUCCCUCAAACUGGCGAUCAAAUAUGAUUGUUCAUGCCUUGCUGGUUUGUAAUGCUAGUGGUGAGCUUACAGCUUUAAGGAAUAUGGAGGAGCACUUCAAUCCAUCUACGUUACCACUAAUGCCAUAUCUAUUAAAGAUGAAUUUUCGUUCUGAAAAUGCUACUAAUAGAGUCAACAAAAGAAAAUUUAUUCCACCUGCCAUCAACCUGAAACGCACAAUGACGUAUGGACCCGUCAGCACUGAAGUGGCAAUGGAACUAGCUAAAAAGAUGAUCCAAACGUUCUUGUUGAACCCAGAUCAAGCUACAUCACUGAUUCGGAUAGCUCAGAUGAUGACCUCAUGUGAAAAUCUCAAACCAGUGGAAGAACACCAGAUCUUGCCUAUCACAAUUAUACAUGGUGUUUUUGGAGCUGGCAAGAGCUAUCUGCUGUCUGUUGUGAUUUUGUUCUUAGUACAGCUCUUUGAAAGUAGUGAAGCUACCAAGGGUCCAAGACCAGCUCAGUGGAAACUUCUGAUUGCUUCUUCCACUAAUGUUGCCAUAGACAGGAUACUGCAGGGUCUACUUGAUCUUGGAUUUGAGGAUUUUAUCAGAGUGGGAAGUAUUAGGAAAAUCACCAAAGCAAUUCUUCCCCAUAGUUUACAUGCUGGCUCAGGAAACGAUAAUGAGCAGUUAAAAGAGCUGCUUGCUCUCAUGAAAGAAGAUUUAACUCCAACUGAAAAAAUGUAUGUAAGGAAGAGUAUCGAGCAACAUAAACUGGGGACCAAUAAAACUAUACUGCAACAGGUAAAAGUGGUUGGAGUGACCUGUGCUGCCUGCCCGUUCCCUUGUCUGAAUGCUCUUAAGUUUCCUGUAGUGAUGCUGGAUGAGUGCAGUCAGAUAACCGAACCUGCUUCUCUCCUUCCUAUUGCAAGGUUUCAGUGUGAAAAGCUAGUCCUUGUUGGAGACCCUAAGCAAUUACCACCAACUAUUCAAGGGUCUGAGAGUGUUCAUGAAAAGGGAUUGGAGCAGACUCUCUUUGACCGGCUUUGCUUAAUGGGACAUAAAACAAUACUUCUUCGGACACAGUACCGAUGUCACCCUGCUAUUAGUGCCAUAGCCAACGAGCUGUUCUACGAAGGAAAUCUGAUAGAUGGUGUUUCCGAGAAAGAUAGAAGUCCUUUAUUGGAUUGGCUUCCAACACUAUGUUUUUAUAAUGUUAACGGGGUAGAGCAAAUUGAAAGAGACAACAGCUUUUAUAACAUGGCAGAAGUUCAUUUUGCAGUCAAGCUCAUCCAGGCUCUAGUUGCAAGUGGAAUAAAAGGAUCUGCAAUUGGUCUGAUUACUCUUUAUAAAUCACAGAUGUGUAAGACUCAGAAUUUGCUUAGCGACAUACACUCUGAGGCUUUUGAACUUAAAGCUGUCCAGGUGUCCACUGUAGAUGCAUUCCAAGGAGCUGAGAAGGAGAUCAUUGUUCUGUCGUGUGUAAGAACAAGACAAAUUGGGUUCAUCGACUCAGAAAAGAGGAUGAACGUUGCACUGACGAGAGCAAAGAGGCACCUGUUGAUUGUUGGAAAUCUGGCCUGUUUAAGUAGGAACAGACUGUGGGGAAGAGUAAUUCAUCACUGCAAAGGAUGGGAAAAUGGAUUGCAACAUGCAAGCCAGUGUGAGCAGCAGCUAAACGAAAUUCUUACAUGUUACUUGGAGAAACGGGAGGAAGAAGCACAGAAAAAUUAAAAUGUAUGGCCGUUUUCUGAAGAAAAAAUAAAUUGUGUGUCUAUAACAAUUACUGGAAUGAUUGCAAAUCUAGUAUUUAUAAUAAAUGUAAUAAUUUUUUUGUUUGUAUCUCAGGGCACUGAUACUUCUGUUUUGACCCCUCUUUUGUGACUAAAAAUAAAUAAAGUUGACUCUUAUCUGCUUGAUAAUUGAAA